GCAGCGUGGGGCGCGGGCCGGCCGUCGGGGCGAAUGGACGGGGCGGCGGCGGGCAGGGUGCCGGGCCGGCGAGCGGGGCCCAGGGCUCAGCGAUGAGGAAGCAGAGCGUGCGCACCGCCGCGCUUAUCCUGUGCAUCCUGUCCUACCUGCUGGUGGGCGCCGCCGUCUUCGACGCGCUCGAGUCCGAGGCGGAGAGCGGCCGCAAGCGGCUGCUGGCCCAGAAGCGGAGCGAGUUGAGGAGGAAGUACGGCUUCUCGACCGAGGAUUACCGCGAGCUGGAGCGCCUGGCGCGGCAAGCCGAGCCGCACCGCGCCGGCCGCCAGUGGAAGUUCGCCGGCUCCUUCUACUUCGCCAUCACCGUCAUCACCACCAUCGGGUACGGUCACGCCGCGCCGGGCACGGACUCGGGCAAGGUCUUCUGCAUGUUCUAUGCGCUCCUGGGCAUCCCCCUGACGCUGGUCACCUUCCAGAGCCUGGGUGAGCGGCUGAACGCGCUGAUGCGGCGCCUCCUGCUGGCGGCCAAGCGCUGCCUGGGCCUGCGGCGGCCGCACGUGUCCACCGAGAAUAUGGUGGUGGCCGGGCUGCUGGUGUGCGCGGCCACCCUGGCCCUCGGGGCCGCCGCCUUCGCGCAUUUCGAGGGCUGGACCUUCUUCCACGCCUACUACUACUGCUUCAUCACCCUCACCACCAUCGGCUUUGGCGACUUCGUCGCGCUGCAGAACGACGAGGCGCUACAGAGGAAGCCGCCCUACGUGGUCUUCAGCUUCCUCUACAUCCUCCUGGGGCUCACGGUCAUCGGCGCUUUCCUCAACCUGGUGGUCCUGCGCUUCCUGGCGGCCAGCGCGGACGCGCCCGAGCGUGCUGCCCGCCCGCUCCGCCGGGGGGCGCCCGAGAGCCGAGGCCCCGCCCUGCUCCGCCGCCCCGCCCACCCCGCCGGCUCCACCUCCAUCUCCUACCGCAUCCACCAGCUGGAGUUGCGCGCCCGCGACAAUCUGGGCUUCUCGCCCCCCGCGAGCCCUGGGGCUGGAGGCGGCGGCGGCGGCGGCGGCUGCAGGGCAGGCAGGCCCCUGGCCCGGCGUAAGUCCAUCUGACAGCCCUAUCCUGGCUGGGGGUCGAUCCUAGAGCCGGAGGGUCUGGAUUCACCUGUCAGUAGACCCUCCCCAGACCUCGGAGAGGGGUGAGGGGCCGUAGCCUCAAUGCCGUCCUCUGCCACGAGUAGCUUCUCAUUUCCUUCUGUGGCAAGCCCCUCCCUCCUCUCCAAAAAUGUAUUAAAGUCGCAUCAUAAGCACAAGCAUGACUCUAAACUCGCCCUGUAGGUGCAAACCACUUGUGAUCCAAAUUGUUUUAGAAGGCGUGGCCACACCCGCCACUGAGGAGAGGCUCGCCACAGGCCCAUGUCCCUAGCUGGCCCUGCGGAACGGAAGCAGGUGCCCAUUUUUCUGUUGUGUGCAGAGGUGGGCUUUCCGUGUUGUGGGGAAAUGCAUGACUUCCAACACUGGAAUCCUACCAGUGAGGCCAGCUGCUCCCACUACGAGAAGCACAGGGAUCGGACGGACUGAAGGGCAACAUUUACGGUCCAGUGUGCACCAGUGGGCAAAUCUCUGCACUAUUUAAAUGAU